AUGCCUUCUCUGCCUGAUUCGCCGCCCCCCGUUCCCCCUCCAGUCCCUGUCGAAACCCACCCGAACCGCACAGGCGGGCUGAAACACCCAUCGGCGGAACAAGCGCUCCCCGAUCCCACUCGUCUCGCCCCUGAAGACGCAUACUACUCUCCCUCCCUUCUCCGGAGUCGACCCGGUAGCUCAAAUUAUGAGGACGCGAUCCGUCCCCUGAGCGGGACUGCUGGCACCGCUGCUUCCGUUGCGGCCCUGCGACCGCCGCCUGCAGUGCCGGGCGCUGCUACGCGAAAGGAGAACCGCAAACUACGAGGAACAGGCAUACGGAAAAAACGCAAGGGUGCUUGGAAAAAAUUGCUAUGGGUGAAACAGUCAUAUCCUGAUAAUUACACCGACACCGAGACGUUCCUCGAUCACCUGCAGAGAAACCCCCGCGUGCGUCCUUAUGACUUCUGGCCGCUAGUGGCGGACUCGACCGUUAUUGUGCAACAUGUCUGCUCUGUGGCUAUCUUCGUCUGCUGCUUUGUUGGAAUUGUCCAAGGCCGCGUAAGCCCGGUCUCGGUUGUUUGCUGGGGAAGUGUUGGAACGGCUGUCGGUUGGAUUCUAUGGGACUGGUGGGCGUUUACAGAACACUCGGGGAAUCGGAGGGCUACCGAUAAUACGACGGAAGGGGAUGAUGGGUCGAGCUCCAGUUCCAUGACGAGCUCCGUGAACCCUCAAAACCAGCAACGGGCGAAUGUACAGAAAGAAAACCAUGUUCAUGGCCUCGGACUAAGCAUGGCGCAAAAUGAACCGGGUCCUUUGAGACGGCAGAGUACAGGUCUCAGCGUUGAUUCCCUUGUCGCGCAGGACCCGGGCUCGCCUCCUCCAGGUUCUCCUCCGGGAUUUGCAAAUGGUCCUUCUGGGCCAUCUCAUGCUCAAGGCUGGCAGCCCCAAUCAUUUCUUUCACGAAACAAGCAACGACUAUCCACAGUGAAAUCGGCUUUCCUUAUCUACUUCUCGCUACUCGGGCUGAGUCCUAUCCUAAAGUCUCUUACAAAAUCGACUGCCAGUGACUCUAUCUGGGCGAUGAGUUGCUGGUUGUUAAUCAUGAACAUAUUCUCCUUCGACUACGGAAGCGGGGAGGGCGCGGGCGCCACCAAAUUCCCUGCAUCUCUGUCCACAAAUGCAGCGGUCAUGGCAUCGACGGUGCUGGCGUCUCGUCUCCCGUCGACAACACAUGUGUUCAGUCUGAUGCUAUUCUCUAUCGAAGUUUUCGGCCUCUUUCCUAUCUUUCGACGUCAACUGCGUCAUAUUUCAUGGAAUGGACACAUAUUUCUCACCUUGGCGCUGGUCAUGUUCGCCGGCGGAGCAGUUGGGAUCACAUUACGAGGUGGAUGGAUGGGGGCGGUACUUGGAUCAUUCCUGGGAAGCCUUUUAACAGCACUGACAAUGGGCGGUUGUAGCUGGUGGCUUAUCAGCCUCCAAAAGUAUAAGAAUGUUGUCUCUGGGCCAUGGGAUCCUGCUCGGCCGAUUAUACGACGGCACUGGGACUGA